AUGUCGGUGACGUCGGCAUCUGCCACUUCGGCAGGUCGGCUGGAGCCUUUUCUUCUCUUGGCAAAGUCCUCGAAAGGUGCUGCUGCUGCUCAAUCCAUCAUUGAUGCCACUGCUGCUCCUGGAGUCUACGUCUUCAAUGAGCUUCUGGCUCUGCCUUCCAUACAAGAGGUGAGUGCGCCUGUCUUCAUGAGCUGCACGCCGACCUGAGAGAUCCCGUCGCUCGCUGACAUGACGAAUUCACGUAUGUAGCUCCAAUCUGGUCCGCACGAGAAGGCAUUUGCCCUCCUACAGCUGUUCGCGUACGGCACCAUAUCCGACUGGGCGUCCAGCCCAGACGCCUUCCCCAAGCUUCGCCCAUCGCACAUUUCCAAAUUGCGGCACCUGACGCUGCUUACACUAGCAUUCAACGCCAGGACGGUGCGAUAUGCGGAUCUCAUGUCGGCUCUUUUGUUGGACGCCUCCUCCGAGAACCCGACUGGUGGGUCCGCCGAUGGUUCGAGCAGUGCUGCCUCUACUAGAGCACUCGAGGACUGCAUCAUCGAAGCUUUGUAUGCGGGAACGUUGGCCGCAAAAUUGAAUCAGCGCCAGGCCAGGUUGGAGGUGGAGGCUGUGCUUGGAAGGGAUAUCAAGGGAACUGAAGAGCUUGCCGACUUGGAAAGGCAGCUGGCCCAGUGGUGAGUCCAGCCAAACGUCGCACGCCUUUCCGCCAUCAUUGACGGGAACUGCGAGCUGACACUCUGUCUGCGCGAUGUUGCCCAGGUCUACAAUAACCAACUCGCUUUUGGCCAGCUUGACAAAUCAAAUGGAGCAUGAACAAGCCCGCGACGCCCUGCGCGUCUCCCACAAAGCACACCAUCGAGAAGACCUCGCUCAAAGCUUGUCAUCCAUUGCGGACAAGCUGUCGAACCCGAACGCAUUCUCUCCAGCUCUUGCCAAUGCAGCUGGACACUUUGGGUCUAUGGACAUCGACGUACCUAGGAAGACGUGAGUAUCUCCUAAUUAAUUGUAGGCAAGUUGAUCUCAUUAACGCCGUUCCUCGCGCACCCCGCGCUGUCACAGUCCUCACCGAAAGCGCACAAGAGGCUGA